AUGACCUUAUCAAUGGUAAUAUUAUUUGCCUUCUGCAUCGGCGUUGGUUCAUCGUUGAAGCCGACGGUGUUCCCAAGUAAGUCAUUUAAUGUGAUCGAGGAUGUAAGGAUACUGUAUCACGCCAUGAUGGGCAUUGGCACCGAUGAAGGGGCCAUUAUUAACAUCCUGACGAAGCGCUCGAUAAAACAGCGACUCAGAAUCGCUGAGAUUUACUCGUAUCAACGUGCUAAGUCCUUAGACUUCGUGAGUCAAUUGAAGGAGGAACUUUCCGGUGACUUUAAAAACCUUAUUGUGGCGCUUAUGACUCCACCACUUACGUACUACGCCAAAGAGAUGUACAACGCUAUGGACGGCCUAGGCACCGACGAGGACACUAUCGUUGAGAUCCUCUGUACUUUGAACAACAGCGAGAUUAAAACAAUGGCUACUGUUUACGAGAAGUUAUACAGCAGGAGUCUACAGAACGAUAUUAUUGGUGAUACGUCUGGCUAUUUCCAAUCUCUGCUCCUCACACUCCUCCAAGCUGAGAGGGAUCAGAGUCAGAAUAUUAGUUAUAACUUGGCUAAGAAUUAUGCCUUGGAGCUCAACGGAUGUAUGGAAUGGCUGCCGAUACCUACAGAGAGUACAUUUCAAAAUAUCCUCUGCAAUCGUAGCUAUCCACAGCUGAGAGAAAUCUUCAUCGAAUAUUUGUACCUUUGCCGAUUUGACAUUGAAAAACGCAUCGAGAAUAUUGACUAUCAGACAGAUUUCAAGAGAGGCCUCCUACAAAUUGUGAAACGUGCAAAGUCAAAAACUGGCUUCUUCGCCGAUCGCCUCUACAACAACAUGAACGACCCCCGAACAAUGACUCGCAUCAUAGUUUCCCGAAGUGAAAUCGAUCUUGCAGAUAUUAAGGAGGAAUUUAAGAAAUGCUACGGAACGGAACUCGAAACUAUGAUAGACAAAAGCACAUCUGGUGACUAUAGAGACUGUCUUCUCGCCCUCGUGUCAACGUGA